CUUCAUUCCCUACCAUCUAUCUGUGAUUAAAGACCAAUUCACGUCUUCUCAAUGACGCCGACCGAAUCUAAGAGAGUCCUUGGGAUAGUGUUCAUCCAUUUUUAAAAAAAUUAACAAAGAUAUUUAUGGGCUCUUGAAGGAAAUCUAGUCAUCACAUAUACCCCACAUGAUUGUGAAAUUGUCAUAAGCCCAAUAAAUUUUAAAAAAUCCUACCUUUAAUUAGUGGAGUACCUUUUGUACGUUGAAUUGUAUCUCUUGAGAGAGAGCCAGCAAGAGUAGGGCUGGAGUGGGAAUUAAAUGGCAUAUAUGUGCACCGAUAGUGGUAACCUAAUGGCGAUUGCCCAGCAAGUCAUCAACCAGAAACAGCAGCAAGAACAACAACAAAAGCAGCAACAACAGCAGCAGCAGCAGAUUCUCUGCCUGAAUCCAUGGCCCUCCGCUCAUCCCGCCGCUAAUCCCACUUUGGGGUAUGGCCUCGCCGGCGCACCUUCCUUGACCGACCCUUUCCUCCCGGUCCCCGGCGCCGCAGAAGAGGACCCUGGGUUUCAGUUUCUGAACCUGGAACACUCAUCUGCGGGUUUCCCCCUCGCGGAUUUCUUUGCCGGCGAUUUCGACUCCGAUGAGUGGAUGGAUAGUUUAGUGGGCGGUGGGGAUUCGACGGAGAGCUCCAAUCUUCGAUCUGGUUGCGACGCGUGGCAGGCUGCUUCCGAUUUCGCUCUGUACGGCUCGGAUCCCUUUGUUUGCCCUAGUCGAUUCAGUGUCCCUUCCCCUGCGCCGCCGUCGGAUCUCAACCGGGUCAUCCUUUCCGAUUCCCAGAAGAGCGCUAGUAAUGCUAACCCUACUCUUCCCACCUCGGAUUGGGUCCCUUCUCCGUCCUCGCCUCCGGCUAUUACGUCCGGUGAUGACACCAAGCCCGCAAGUCCGGUUGGCCGGGAGAGCGAUGCCGCUGCAGCAGCGGUGCACACCUCCUCUGCCUCGCCGGACAUUCUGUCUUCUAAGCCGAUACUCAAAGCCCUGGUUGAGUGUGCCAGACUGGCUGAUUCGGAGCCGGAAAAUGCUAAGAAAUCUCUUGGUCGACUCAGGGAGUCCGUUUCCGAAGAAGGGGACCCGACGGAGCGAGUAGCUUACUAUUUCUCCGAGGCCCUUUUCAGCCGGAUUUCCAAGAAACCGGCGAAGGUUCCGCUGGCCUUAGAUUCGUGUUUGGAGGACUUCGCCUUGUCUUACAAGGCUUUUUACGACGCCUGUCCGUACUCCAAGUUCGCUCAUUUGACUGCAAAUCAAGCAAUUCUGGAAGCCACCGAGAAAGCUCCUAGGAUUCACAUCGUUGAUUUUGGCAUUGUUCAGGGCAUUCAAUGGGCUGCUCUUUUACAGGCUCUGGCUACCAGACCCGCCGGAAAACCCGAAAGCGUGCGGAUAACGGGCAUCCCUUCUCCUCUUCUGGGCAAGUCUCCAACGGCAUCGCUUGCGGCAACCGGAAACCGUCUGCGCGAGUUUGCCAAGAUUCUGGAUCUGAAUUUGGAGUUCGAACCCGUGGAGACGCCUAUCCAGGAGCUAAACGGGUCGAGUUUACGGGUCGACCCGGACUACAUUCUAGCGAUUAAUUUCAUGCUUCAGCUGUACAAUCUGCUAGACGAGACGACCGCCAUUGUCGAGACCGCGCUCAAGCUCGCGAAAUCACUGAAUCCGAGCGUGGUAACUUUGGGCGAAUACGAGCUGUGCCUGAACCGGGUCGGGUUCCUGGACCGUUUCAUGAACGCACUGAAUUACUACUCAUUAGUCUUCGAGUCCCUGGAUCCGAACAUGCCCAGAGACUCGCCGGAGAGGCUGCAGGUGGAGAGACUCUUGCUCGGCCGGAGAAUCUCAGUGAUGGUGGGUCCGGUGGAAUCGGAGGCCCAAUUACAGUGCAAUGAAGAUAAAGAACAGUGGAUGGUUCUUAUGGAGAGUGCAGGAUUUGAGCCAUUACCAGUGAGCCAUUAUGCAAAGAGUCAAGCAAAGAUUCUUCUCUGGAACUAUAGUUACAGUUCAUCAUAUGGACUCAUUGAUUCUCCACCUGGAUUCCUCUCCUUAGCAUGGAAUGAUGAACCUCUCCUCACUGUUUCUUCAUGGCAAUGAAAAAGACUCAAUCUUUUUGCCCAAAAAAAAGAAAGAAUGAAAGAAAGAAGCUGUAGAUUUCUUGCUCUCUGUGGUGUCAAAAGUUUCCAUGAAUGUCUGAACUUUCUGGUCCUUUUCUGUUUUUGUUUUAAUGAGAAAGAUUAGCAUAGCUUGAUAUUUUAGAGAUCUCUAAUCGUAGUUUAGACAAAACAACCCAAGAAUCCAAGAUGUUGUUGUCAAUUAACUCUGCAACUCUGU